AUGAUGGAGGGACCUGCAACAAGCUUGCACUCCCUACCCUCGAUUUCUGGCUCGGCCUGGACUUCGAGUGUCGGCAGCUUCGUUCCUGCACCCGCGCCGCAGCGCUUCUCGCAGCAACCGCAGAUAGCAGAGCGUGCGCCAUAUGCCGGACCAUUCAGCGACCCAAACCUGACGCUGCAGGAGAUUGCGGACAAAGCCAAUGCACUCCAGCAGCAGAUCGACGAGAAUGCCGGGCUGCAAAAGGCGGAACUGCGCUCUGCGAUGGAAGCCAGGCACAGAGAGGUUGAGCAGCACGCACAGUCGAUUCUACGGCAUGCUGUGCAAUCCAUCGAGGCUCGAAAAGCGAGCCAGCUGCAGUUAAUUGAGCGCCAGCGGGCUCAGGAGGAGGCGGCCACGCGCCACGACGCGGCGGAGGCUAAGAAGCUCAUCGACCAAGAGAUGCAGAGAGCUUUGGCUGCCCUGGGUGUGAGCCACACCCACCAGUGGAUGGGCCCGACUACCGUGACCCCUGGCAUGCAGCCGCCGUAA